AUGGCACAAUCAACCCAAAAAUACCGCACCCGGCCUGCGAAUUUAUUUGAUGUACCAGCCGUCACCCAGAUCUACGCCUCCGCGUUUGUCAAGGAGCCUCUGAUCGACUUUUUCUUCCCUACGCGAAGACAAGAGCCUGAAUCUUAUUAUACGUGGGCUUAUCGGAGGUUUCAGUGCCGGUAUUGGACUCCGGGUUACUUACUCACCGUUGUCGUUGAUUCAAAUGAUCAUCCCGUCGGGUUCUCAUGGUGGAAGCGGCCACUGGCAGCGUCUUCGCUUCUGCAGAAGGUCUUCACACCUUCGUUCUGGGUAGAGUCGAUUGUCAAGGCUGUUACAGCCGUGAAGAACUAUCUUUCACCCGUGCAUGGCUUUCAGAAGAAGAACAUGGAAGCGUUCGAACAGGCAUUUUCUAAAGUUGAGUCGGAGGUCCUUGAUACAGCGGAAAGACGCGAAGCCCAAUACCUUACGCUGCUUGCGGUUGAUCCUGUUUAUCAAGGUCAAGGGCUUGGUCAACUGCUGCUGGAGCACGACUUGGAAAGGGUUGACGAAGAGAAGUCCACCGCCUGGCUGCUUAGCUUGGCAGGCCUUGAGCCCUUUUACGAGGAGUUUGGCUUCCAACAAACUGUCAAAGUUGAUGUCGAAGAGAUGGGUGAGUGGAAGGGCGGGAUGGUAAUGUUGAGAGAUUAG